CUCCUCAUUGUUGCAAUAAAUGAGUUGCAGAGAGAGUGUGUUUGAGGGAGAGAAAGUGAGGUUUUAGAGAGAGAAAAUUCGAAGACUGAGCUUGAGAGAUUUUAAGAGAGGAAAGGAAACUUCUAAAGGAAGUACUGCUGUAGAUAGAGAGAGAUUCUAGGGAGAGAGAGAGAGAGAGAGAGAGAGAGAGAGUGAAUGGAGGAUAUAGAGGAGGAGGAGAACGGAGAAGAGGAGGUGUUGGGAUCGAGCUUGACGAUGGAGAAAGUGGCGGCAGCGAAGCAGUUCAUAGAGAAUCAUUACAGAGCUCAGAUGAAGAAUAUUCAAGAGCGAAAAGAGAGACGUUGGGUGUUAGAAAGGAAGCUAGCUUCUUCUGAUGUGCCCAAGGAGGAACGGAUCAAUCUAAUUAAAGACUUGGAAAGAAAAGAGACAGAAUUUAUGCGACUCAAAAGGCAUAAGAUUUGUGUUGAUGAUUUUGAGCUUUUGACCAUCAUUGGUAGAGGAGCCUUUGGGGAGGUUCGCUUGUGCCGGGAGAAGAAAUCUGGCAAUAUUUAUGCCAUGAAAAAGUUAAAGAAAUCAGAAAUGCUAAUGAGAGGACAGGUGGAACAUGUUAGAGCUGAAAGGAACUUGCUGGCUGAAGUUGCAAGCCACUGCAUUGUCAAACUCUAUUACUCAUUUCAGGAUGCCGAGUAUUUGUAUCUGAUUAUGGAAUAUCUGCCGGGUGGUGAUAUGAUGACUCUGCUGAUGCGGGAGGACACAUUAACUGAAAAUGUGGCGAAGUUUUACAUUGCUCAAAGUGUUCUCGCAAUUGAGUCAAUUCACAAACAUAAUUACAUUCACAGGGAUAUAAAGCCUGACAACCUUCUUCUGGAUAAAAAUGGUCAUAUGAAGCUAUCUGAUUUUGGCCUCUGUAAGCCUCUUGAUUGUACAGCUUUAUCUGUGAUUCCUGAAAAUAAAACGAUUGAUGAUGAAAAUAUGACCGAACCAAUGGAUAUUGAUGGAAGCAUCCCAGAUGCGGACAAUAAAAGUAAUUGGAAAAGCCCCCUUGAACAACUUCAGCACUGGCAAAUGAACAGGAGGAAGUUGGCAUUUUCUACCGUGGGAACACCAGAUUACAUUGCUCCUGAAGUAUUACUGAAGAAAGGAUAUGGCAUGGAGUGUGACUGGUGGUCACUAGGAGCAAUAAUGUAUGAAAUGCUAGUUGGAUACCCUCCUUUUUACUCAGAUGAUCCCAUAACCACAUGCAGAAAGAUUGUUCACUGGAGAAAUCACCUUAGGUUCUCAGAAGAUACAAGGCUGUCACCUGAGGCAAAGGAUCUCAUUUGUAGGUUACUUUGUGAUGUUGAUCAUAGGCUAGGUACUGGAGGGGCACACCAAAUUAAAGCUCAUCCUUGGUUCAAGGACAUUGUAUGGGAUAAACUAUAUGAAAUGGAGGCAGCAUUUAAACCAGAAGUCAAUGGAGAGCUGGACACCCAGAACUUUAUGAAAUUUGAUGAGUUGGAUCCUCCACCAGCAAGAACUGGUUCAGGACCCUCAAGGAAGAUGCUAUUAACUCCGAAAGAUUUAAGUUUUGUUGGCUAUACAUACAAGAAUUUUGAUGCUGUCAAAGGGCUACAUGCUUUUGGUGGUUCUGCAGCAGAUUAUCAUACCAAACGGCCUGCUGAGGAAACGGAAGUGCAAAUGCUUGCAUCAUCAGGCGAUCCCAUGCUACCAUAAUAUAACAAAAUCACUAUCCUACAAUGCGGAUGCUUGCUUAUCCCAUUUUGAGUUGGGUGUUUCUCCAAAAUCCAUAACAUGUAUGGGUUGGCUUCCAUACAUCUUGCAGAACCACUGCUCAAAGUGUACAGCAGUUAUUGAGGAACUUCUUAAAAGCCCACUGAUGGGUUAACUGGUAGGACAAGUGAGAUUUUUAUUUUUAUAGCUGAAAAGGCUCUGUGUAUUAGAUUUAGAACAGACCUGUGAAACUUAGGCCCUGGCUGCCCAGGUAGGCUAUGGUAAAACAUGCCUUCUCUAGCGGCAGUUUCUGGUCAAAUUUUAGUGGAAAGCAAACUACUAAGCAAUUCGAUAGAUGUUUUAAUGAAUUAUUCCUCGUUACUGGUUU